UCAGCUUGGGUCCUUUAAGCAGACAGCAGUUUUAGAGAGGGAGGGAAGAAAAGAGGGAAGUGUUUCAGAGGCCCCACCUUUCAUUCCUGCCGAGUGGACAGCCAGAACUAGUAUGAGUCAGAGGCACCAGAGCUUAGAUUCCCAGAGGUGAAGAGGAUCUUAAAAGAAUUUUCCCUGCCGUCAGAAUCCACUCUUUUGAACACACUGCUCCUCUCUUACUCUUGGCAAACCUCUGAAGGUCUGGACUCCCUCAGUCUGCCCUUUUUUGGUAUCGGGGUGAGGGCCGGGUUUCCCUGAUGUAUGGCAAGAGCCCGACAUGUGCUGUGCUUCUCUUUUGCAUACAACUCACAGUGGUUUGGCACAUAGCAGCUGUGGAAGUUUAUACCUCCCGAGUAGUAGAGGCUGUUAAUGGGACAGAUGUUCGACUAAAAUGCACUUUCUCCAGUUUCUCCCCUGUGGGUAAUGCUCUUACAGUAACCUGGAACUUUCGUCCCCGAGAUGGGGGAGCUGAGGAGUUUGUGUUUUACUUCCACGAACAACCUUAUCCACCAACUGCUGGACAUUUUAAGAAUCGGGUGGUCUGGGACGGAAAUGUUAACCGGAAUGAUGUCUCCAUCAUCAUCUGGAAACUACAGUUUAAUGAUAAUGGCACAUUCACCUGCCAGGUGAAGAAUCCACCGGAUGUUGAUGGGGUGAUAGGGGAGAUUCGACUCAGUGUUGUACAAACAGUACGUUUCUCCGAGAUCUAUUUCCUGGCUCUGGCCAUUGGCUCUGCCUGUGCACUGAUGGUCUUAAUAGUAAUUGUGGUGGUCCUCUUCCAGCACUCCCGGAAAAAACGGUGGGCCCACAGAAGUCAUGUGGCAGUCGUGACAGAAUCGUAAGACUGGGGACUCCUGGGAAAACUUCUAACACCCUCUCAUGGUGACUCUCAUAGUAUUGUUUAUGCACAAAGGUGUACCUUACUUUAGUCAAACUAAGUGAAAAUUAAUUUUAAAAGAACAACAAAAAUUAAACAGAACAAAGUUUUCACUUAAUUUGGAAGCUGAAAUGACCAGAGUUGGGGGAUUCCUCAAAUUAAAACUGUGUUUAUGAAAUAGAAAGUAAAUGACUGUUCAGUCUAACUGGAAAAUAAAAUGUAGUAAUUAGAGUCUUGACCCAGUAUAGGCAUGUCUCUAAAGUUGAGAGAAGAAAAUAGUUUUGUAACAUUUUCCUUCUUUCAAGAAUGGAGAAUACAUAUGAAAAUGACAGCAUGAAUCAAAUGUAAAAUGUCUUUCCUUGUAUUGUGUUGUACUGUGUCACUACUCACUGCAUGGUAUUGAUUUGCUUUUGGUUUAUGUUAGUAGAUAGAAGCAAAUAUAUUUUUCACUUUAGUUUUUGCUUUGUAUCUCAGGUAACUGAGAGUUCCCAAGAACGAGAAGCCCUAAAAUAUGCUGGGAUUAAUGGAAAUUUUCCUCGGCUAUUCCAGUACUGACUUACUCAAAUCAACUCUGCUAAUUCACAUCUAUCUGUCCUGACAUGCUGCAAUAGUCCUUUAUGAGCCAGUGCAGGACCCUUUUUGAGCAAACACUGCCAGAAUGUUCUUAUUUCCCCUUUAUUAAGAUUUUAUUCAAAUUUAGAAUUCAAUGCUAUCAAGCAGGAUGAAAACGAAUUUGUCCUUCAAAACACCAUAACAUUUUCUUCUGAAGACAAUGAGAAGCAAUUCUUGAUAUAAAAUCUGAUAUGCAGGUUCUCUAUCUUCUGAUGUCCUCAAUCAAAAGGUGAGAUAAGUCUCACAGUUGUUUCUGUGUUUUACCAGAAGUAAUUUGAAACUUCAAAUUGUUGGUUUGAAGAGAAUAAUGACUUGCUGAGAAACUGCUGACUACUCAGUUUUAACGUGAUUUUGUAACUCUAACGUGCAAACCGAACAAAGGCUCAUCUUGAGGCUAGAAUCAUUUAAGCAAGUUACCACUGGGAUUCAGAAGAUGAUCAUUGUAACUCUGGGAGUUUAGGGAUAGAAAAUUAUAAAAAAGGUCCCAAAAAUGGUGAUGAAAAUUUUAUGUAGUAUCAUAUAUAGCUCUGAAAAAGGAGAAACCUUGCUGAAGUGAAAGAAUAUUUUUUCAUCUGAUUUUUUUUUGAGGGUAGGGUAAAAGGGAAUUCUAAAUCUAGGUUUUAUUAUGGUUGAUCCAGAGUGAUGAGGAGAGGCAUUUCUUUUAUGAACUAGUAUAUCAUUGAUUUAAAACAAACUGUAAGUGGGCUUCAGGAAGAAAAGUAUCUUUUAAACAAUGUCUAAUUUUCUGUUUUCUCUCAACUCUAAGCCAUAGCAAUGUUUAAGGUGUAGACAACACAUGGAAUGUUUAAGCACAAGAGUGGACUAUACAGUUUGACUGUUAGCAUGCCUUCUUCUUUAGUAAGCAGAUUGGUGAAAAUAUUUCUUUUAACAAAUGAAACUGGUCCAGAGAGAUUGCAUUUCCUGGGACUUCCAAAUGUGCUACUUCAAACUACUUAGACAGCUGAGCCUUGAUUUUGACACAAUCAACAAUUUGUCUUCUUCACUAGCCUUCCAAGAGUGAAGUUUAGUUCUCUGCUUUUUAUACCAGAUAUUUGGGUUUAAAUUUCAAUUACUUUUAAACCACAUUUCAUUUUAAAAAGUAAAUAUCUGAAAAUGCCAUUAUUAGAUAAUUUUCUUCAGACAGGUGGUCUGGAUAACUUACUAUUAGUUCUGAUUCCAGCAAUACUUGUAGCUUGCUUGUGUCUCAGCUGAAACAUACAAGGAGAAAAUUUUACUUACAAUUUGGAUAUCUAUCCUAAUGGGCCCUUUUGUAUUGUAAUUUAUUUUUUAUUAAGCUAUGAAAAUUCAUGUGAAUAAACACUACCUUUAGUAAUAAAGCAUUUUUUCA